UCUCUCUCUCUCUCUCUCAAAAUGGGUUUGUCCUUUAAUGGGUCUUCAGGGGUGUGGUUGGUUAGUCUAGUGGUGAGCUCUUUGGUGAUUGCCACUUGUGCUAACUUUUACCAAGACUUUGAUUUAACUUGGGGUGAUCGGAGAGCUAAGAUAUUCAAUGGAGGGCAGCUGCUUUCCCUCUCUUUGGAUAAGACUUCAGGCUCUGGCUUCCAGUCCAAAAAAGAGUAUCUCUUUGGGAGAAUUGAUAUGCAACUCAAACUUGUUGCUGGCAACUCUGCUGGCACUGUUACUGCCUACUACUUAUCUUCUCAAGGGCCCACCCACGAUGAGAUUGAUUUUGAGUUCUUGGGAAACCUUACUGGUGACCCUUAUAUUCUACACACCAAUGUGUUCACUCAAGGGAAGGGGGACAGAGAGCAACAGUUCUAUCUCUGGUUUGACCCAACCAGAAAUUUCCACACCUACUCAAUCAUCUGGAACCCCCAGCAGAUCAUUUUCUUGGUGGACAACACUCCCAUAAGAGUAUUCAAGAAUGGUGAAUCAAUUGGUGUUCCAUUCCCUAAAAACCAACCAAUGAGGAUUUACUCUAGCCUUUGGAAUGCUGACGAUUGGGCCACGAGAGGCGGGUUGGUCAAAACUGAUUGGACAAAGGCACCCUUUACAGCAUACUACCGGAACUUCAAGGCCCAGACAUGCAUUGGCUCUUGCACUUCUAGCACUCCCAAGUCCUCAGGUGGGACAUGGCAGAACCAAGAGCUUGAUGCAUAUAGCCGAAGACGUCUGAGAUGGGUUCAGAAGAAUUUCAUGAUUUACAAUUACUGCACGGAUUACAAACGAUUCUCUCAAGGCGUUCCUCUCGAGUGUAGACGAUCAAGGUUUCUCUAGAAGACAUGAUCAAGUCUUAAUGGUAAAAUGUGAAUGGAGUUUCUACGAUAAUCUGUGGUGAAAAUUCGUUGAUUGUUCUUUAAAGUUUCGCUUGGUUUACGUACAAUGUCAAAUAAGUUUAAUUCUUUGUAUCUUGCUAGUAAUCCAGAAGCACUGAAUCUACUCCAUCCUACGUAGGAAGCUGGCAAUGUUUUUUCGUAUCAAAUAAUAAAUAUUGCAUUGUAUUGUAUAAUUCCAGACUGUGGCAAUCCAUUUCUUUUCUUGUACUUUCAAUUAUUCCCCUAGAGAUCACUUCAGAGAAAUAUCAGGUUAUCAGAAGUUUUUCAGCUUUAGAGAGAGAGAGAGACCUUGCCAUGUCCAGUUAAUUGACUAACA